AUGGGGACCGAGUUUAAAUUCCCUUAUAAAUCUUCAAACAGUCGGGACGAGAAAUCAUCAAAUUGGUUCUUCAUCAUCACUCCCCCAUCUGCUGACCCUCUCUCUUUGCUUGCUCAUCACUCGCAUCUCCCCACCCACUCCCUCAGUAACACAAUGCCACUCAGCAUUGAUGAUCUCCUGUAUGGAGAUGUGGACGACCCUGCCAACUUUGGAGGUGCUCAUCACGAUCCAACUACACCUGAUUGCCACCACAACAGUUGCUCCCCUAGUGACGAGUUCGAAACUAACAAUCCUAAUAAUAUCUUUGAUCUCCCACCUAACCGCGGUGAUGUUAAUAUGGCCGGUCCAUCGGCCUCUUACAAUCUCAGCGAUGAUAUUACAGAAGUAUGUUCCAAACUUCAGGCUGAUCUGAAACUCGACGCUGACCAUUUGAAGAUUGCUAAACUUGCAUGCAAGUACGUCUCCGAAGCACCCAACGCUGUGGUCAUAUUUUCUAACGGAGCAUAUCACCAACUGGCUCUUUCGAAGACCAUCUGUCCUGCACGGAAUGCCCCUUAUACAUAUGAUAAAACAUUCAAGGACUUUGUCAGAGAAACGGCUCAACUGAUCUUGCUUAAGCCAACCAUCGAUGCGUAUUCUAAUAAUCCUCACAAUGAUGGGACUAUCCCAAAUUCGCUUUUCUACUUAACAUUACCCGACCAAUGGAAGGAAGAUCACACUGCACCGUCUGACGUAAUUGAUACUUUGGCAAGACUUGCCGAUUAUUGUAGAUUGAUCGCCGAUCUCUUAAAGUAUCGACGAAGCUAUCUCCGUGAUAUGCUUCUGACAAAUACACAGGAGACCAAGAAGAUAAAGGUUAACGCUCCCAUCCCUAAUCGCAAGGACUUACUCACCAAAAUAUACGAUAAUCUUCCACCCAAAGGACACAAGCUAACUGAGGCCAAGAUCGCGCAACAAGUCAAGGAAAACUACGCAAUGCGGGCCCAAAUCUGCUACUGUCGACUCGUCAUGGUUCAAUCCUUGGCACAUAAAAGCAGGAACAAUUCGCAAUGGUCGGACAUCAAUGACCGAUUGCGCAUUCUACGUGGUUCAUCAUAUACAUUCCAAGAACACCAUUCAGUCAUUGUCUUGAACAAAGACUUCGAGCUUUUCUCUCACAAGCGAUAUUACAACGAAAUUGACAAAACAGAGUUCACCGUGCCUACCAUUGAAGAGGUCCAAGCCUCUGUUGAUGGCGGAAUUGUCCCGGCUAUCCUCCGCUGA